AUGAGACAUCGAACUAACUCAUUAUCAGGCAACAGGUGCCUACCGGCUUCUCACAGGACAUCCGCACGACGAUAUACUUACACAUACUCUUAUGCCUACGGUCCAACUGGUGUUUCCGGCCUCUUCAGCAACCGAUAUGCUGCAGGCUGUGCGAUAUUCGCCUCCGUAGGAGGCCUCUCAUUCGGAUACGAUCAGGGCGUGAUAGCGAAUGUACUCGUCAUGAAAGAUUUGUUUCAAGCUGCUGUGCUUGAGCUCGGCGCACUUUUCGGAGCACUUCUGGCGGGUGUGUCGGCGGAUAAAUUCUCAAGAAGACGUUCUAUAUUCCUUGCUUCCCGUAGGGUCAGGUUUCAAGCAGGUGCACAGUCCCUCAAUCACCUCAUCCUCGGCCGCGCCAUCGGUGGCGUAGUAUGCUAUCCCCUCUACAUCGCUGAAAUAAGUUCUCCCGAACUCCGCGGUUCUCUUAUGGCUCUGGAGCAGCUCGCUAUUGUGCUUGGCGUUGUAUUUGGCUUUUGGUUCGGCUUUCUUACACGAAAUGUGCAAGGGUGCUUCCUUCUCCCACCCUCCCCGCGCUUCUUAGUUCUCAAAGGAAGGCUGGACGAUGCUAUGCAGUCACUUUCUAGGCUUAGAUUACGUACGGCCGCGGAGGCCCCGUAUGAUCCGUUACUCCAGCUGGAGUUCUUAGAGAUGCAGGUAGACGUUGCCCUCGAAACGCAGUGCUUGGGUACGAAUGACAGAGAAGGGUUUUACUUCGAUCGGACGCUUUUGGGGAUCAUGAUCAUGUUCUUUCAGCAAUGGAGCGGGAUUAAUGCUUUACUCUAUUACGGCCCAACGCUGGUCAGAAGUAUCGGUUUCGAGGGUGAUUUAGUGACGUUGCUUGUAUCAGGCGGUAUCGGGAUCGUACAAUUCCUGGCCGUGAUACCUGCAAUUCUAUACCUGGAUAGCGCAGGUCGUAAGCCUUUGCUGAGAGGUGGCAGCGCGCUAAUGACCUUGUCUCAUAUCGUUAUCGCUAUACUCAUCUAUCAUUACGAAGGGAACUGGCCUGCGCAUUCGUCUGCUGCGUGGGUGGCUAUUAUGUACGCGUACGGAGUGAGCUUUGGCCCCAUCGGUUGGGUACUCCCGAGUGAGGUGUUCCCACUUUCAAUGAGGAGCAAGGGCGUGUCGCUGGCCACGGCCUCGAACUGGGUUAAUAACUUUCUGAUCGGACUUAUCACUCCGCCAAUGAUUCAGUCAUCUGCCGCAACAACCUUUCUUCUCUUCGGAACAGCAUGUUUUGCGGCACACUUUUGGAGCACGUACCUCGUCCCCGAAACUGCAGGCAUCUCGCUCGAGGAAAUGGAUGCCGUGUUUGGAACGACGGCAGGAAAAGAUGAUGGAAGGGUGAAAGUAGAACUUCAAGAUCAUCGUGCCAUCAGCGUCGCCAGAUGCCUUUCCAACGACUAUGAUUUUGGGGUAUCUACUAUGGCGAAGGCGGAAUAA